AACCACUCAAUAAGAAUGCGUCGUGUGAUAGUCCAGUGUAGAGAGGAAAAGGAUAUUACCGUGUUGCUAGAAGUGGCAAAAGAGUUUGGUGCGUUUCUAAUGAAACCUGAAAACCCGGAAAGAUUCGACAUAGUCCACUUUGACGUCCCUGAAGACAGAGAAAACCAGGUUGAAGACUUUCAGAGAAAACUGAUGGAAACCAUUCCCUACGUGGCCGUUAAAAUAUUCUGAAUUUGAAUGCAUGUCAAAACACGGACGAUUCUUCUCUUUUUUGUUUUGUUUCUGGCGACUCCAAGUUACCAACAACAAUAAAAAUACCCUUCUGGAGCAAUUUGUCGUAAAAAUCCAUCUACCCUUGAUAUCGUGUACACCCCAAACAGGCUGAAAACCAGGAUUGUUUGAGGUAUGCGAUAAAACCGUCUUGUUUGAUAUCAAAAAUCAAAUACAACAGACGCGCG